AUGCAACGUGACAACACUCCAAACCGUCAAAGAUCUUCUUCUAAAGACCAGCAUCUUGAAAUGCCCCUGUAUUCUCGUCAAGUGAACUAUUACAACUCAGUCAAGUCCAUCCUGGCUGAUGUUCACUCUUACUACCUUACUGUAAUCCAAAAUAAAAACAAGCUCUUACGUCAAAGAGGUUUAACCUUUGACAAGCAAGAAGAAGCCACCCAUAAGAAAUUCGAGCAAGAAAAAUCAAAACAGCUUCACGAUCAGCAUAUCUUUUUCCACAAAGUAGUCAACGAGUAUAUCAAAGACCAAACUUCAUGGAAAAAUUUAUAUGAGCAGCUCCAAAACGACUAUCAAGCAUUGAUCAGCUCUCAUGAAAUGCUUAAAGCUGAGCAUGAAAUGAACUUAAAAUCGUUUAAAAAGAGCGAGUCGAGCACUGAAGAAUCAAGUGGGAACGUUAGUGUUAGAGAGUCUUUUAACAACAAAGAAUUAGAUGCAAGCUACAUAAGCUUUACUUGCUCAGAAAAUUCUCCCCUAGUUCAGUCGCCUGUAAGCCAAGGAAAGCUUGAAUCCAAAUUUGGGACUCCGCAGUUCGUAAGAAUCGAGACACAGGAGAGCAUGGCAGAAAAGAUAAAAAUGUAUAAUCAGCUUGACUCUAUUGAAAGGAAUAGGACGAAAGUUUUGAAUCAAUCGUUUGAUUUCGCUGGAAGGUGUUUGUUUCCAGCUCAGAGUGAAAAUGGUAGAAUGUCAUUGAAUUACUAA